CAUCACGUGACAUUGACCGCGCACACAUUCCAAGACAAUAUGGCGGACACGAACGAUUUGUUUUUCUUUGGAGACGAUUUUGACGCUAUUCUAGGUAUUUUGGAAGAAGAAGAAGAGCUCGAUGAACAGUUUAGAGAAGCUGCCGAUGAAGUGAGUAUUAUAUUCUUUCUUAGCGACCCAAAAUUUAGCGAAAAGCGCCGUGCUUUGACAGUCAUCGUCUUUUAGCUCGAUGGACUGUCAUCGGGUAUCGAUGCUGCUUUUUUGUAGCGACUUGUGUUAUAACUAAAUUCUUAUAACUAAGUGGCGUACUUUACUGACGAUGUAAUUAUUAAGCAUUUUCUUAUUUCCAUUAUCUAUGCUUAGAACUAGACUUUGUAGUAUCGUUUUAUGACUGAUUUCUCGACUGAAAGUUACUUUUGCUUACAACAGGUUCAACUCGAAGACAUUGUGUGCGAACUGUGCCACAAGAAAUGUAAAAGCAAGAGCGGACUGAAACGACACAAGACAGUUAAACACAGAGAUACGAGAGAUGAUGUUGAGAAGCAAAAAGAAGGAGGACAAGAAAGCUAUUUAACUUUUGUAGCUUACUCAAGAAUUGUAGAAAAAGCUAAACACAAAAUUGCUGACAACAAAAUUUAUCCAAAAACAAUCAGAGACGAGCUAAGAUGCUACACCCACAACAACGGUCUACAAGACAUACCAGCUGAAUUCUGCGACAUUGAAGAUCUAUAUAAACGCUUGACAAAGUCUGGAAAUGCUGAAAGAUUUUAUUCUUGCUUCUACUCAACCAUAGCUCUGAAUGCAGUUAAGCAUUUUAAGGGAUUAUCAAGGAACGCUGCUACUCUACUGUCUACCAAGGUUGCUGAUUGUAUGUUGGUACACAGCAAGGAGAAAAUUGAAAGCACUUAUACUUGCGCCCCAUUAACUAAACUUUCAGAUGAAGAAAAAGCUGGACUACAGUAUAUUGGCGGUUAUGUGCUUCAUAAACUUCAUACCAAGCAUGUCAGUAAAUCAUCAGAAAGUGAGCAGGCAAUCUCCAUCCUUAAGGCUGGCAAAUUAGAAGACCAGAAUGCUAUUGAAUGCCAGAAGUUAACUUCAUCCUUAAAUUGUGGUGGUUUGUGGGCAAUUACAAAAAGUGCUCAAUCAAUUUUUGAUAGAACUGAACAUUAUUUCAGGGAUACCACCUCAAAAACUACUGUGCAGAAUAUAGCUUUUGCUAGUAUUAUAUCAAGAUCUGUUCAUGAUGUUGAAGUUGUCUCAGCAUACAAUUCACUGUUAUCCAAUUCUCAACUGAUAAUCAACAGUAGUGUUGCAAAAGAUGUUUUGCACAACAUCAUACAAUUGUAUGUCAAAGUGCGGUCAUUUUCUUUUGCGAAAGAUAUCAUCCAGAAACAUAAGAUUAGACUGAAACAAAUGAAAUCCAAAGCACUUGGUAAGGAUAUUAGCAGAGCCUCCCAUGAGUUUGAUCAACUAAGGCAAAGCUAAACUCUAAAAAUCAUCAUGCGAUAAACAAUUUAAUUUAAUUUAUUGACCCCUAGAACAUAUUUUUAUAUUCCUAAUCAUUUCUAAUAAGUUGCUGUUGCAUUUGUUGUUAAACAUUUUAAAACAAUAACUGAUUAAAAAUCUCUUUGAAGAUUGCCACAACCAGUCCCCUCGAUUAACUAUGAUCAAGUAGUAACCUUUCAAAUUAUUCAAAUAACAAUUACCAAAGCGAUGAAGAGUUCAGUAUCGAUCGAUAAGCGUCGUAGCGACCGUGAUGUAAACAAAUGAUUUCACGAAGGUUUCAAGAAUUCAAAAUAAUUCAAAGAUUACAUGCCAGCCGUUCGAUAAGUAAUCAUAUAAGCUUAAGAUCAAAACAAAUAAAGAAAUCUAGAUGUACUAUAGCUUAAAUGAAUGUAGGAAAGGGCUAAAUUUCUACGAGUCUUGACCGAGUAGCGAGUUAAAAUAGGCAUGAUUCGUCGGGUAACAUGGCCGUGACAUAGUCAAAAUAUGGAUGUAAUUGUUUAUCAAAGUUCAUCAAUUUCAUACAAAAUGCAAAGACAAGCAGUAUUUGGUGUGUAAUAAUUAUACUAUGACAUUGUAACCAACACGUGAAUAGUUUUGAAAAUUAUACGACACAACCAAAGACUUUUCGCCCAAGUUGACUAUUGCUCGUCACCAAGGGAAGCGAGCAUUAUCUUUUGUUGAUAUUUUUAAUAGAUUGAGGUGAGAUAUUUUUUCAACUCGUCUCCUUCUUGAAUCUUUUGUUCUCGAUUUAAUGAGUAGAAUAGAUUACGAAAGAAAUGUUCAAUUUUGGCAGUACCUUCUGUUUAAUAGUUACUAGAGAGCAAAUGAAUCUUAAUUACUGUAAUUAAAAUUCCAUAAUUGACAUUACCUGAAUUUUAUAUAUUUAAACAG